AUGCCAGCAGGUGGCUUUGCUCCGGGAGUGGUGCGCAGACGAUAUCUGGUGAGAGCAGCGGCUGCUGCCAGCGAGAUCCCGGCGUACAACCACGCGCAAGUGGAAGCGGCGUUCAAGGACGAGGCCAUGACUCGGGCGUCCCCACAAGCUGCAACUGCACAAGAAGCUGCGUCGGCCGCGGCAGAUCAUGCCAGGUCAAAGUUCUACGCAUUGGCCAUGUUUCCUUACCCAAGCGGUGCUUUGCACAUGGGCCAUGUGCGCGUCUACACCAUCUCAGAUUCGGUUGCCCGCUUCCACCGCUUAACCGGCAAAGAGGUCAUUCACCCAAUGGGAUGGGAUGCGUUUGGGCUGCCCGCGGAAAACGCAGCCAUUGAACGAAACAUCGAUCCUGCAGAUUGGACCAUCAGGAACAUUGCCUACAUGAAGGAACAGCUUGAUGCCUUGGCUUGCAGCUUUGACUGGGAGCGAGAGGUCACCACUUGUUCGCCGUCAUAUUACAAGUGGACCCAGUGGCUGUUCUUGCAGCUGCACAAGCGUGGCCUUGUGUACCAGGAUAAAGCCCUCGUCAACUGGGACCCAGUUGACCAAACCGUGCUCGCAAACGAGCAGGUUGAUGCCGAGGGCCGGUCGUGGCGGUCGGGCGCUCUCGUCGAGAAGCGGCGCCUCAGGCAGUGGUUCCUGCGCAUCACUGAAUACGCAGAGGAACUUGAGCGCGGGUUGAACGACGUGGACUGGCCGGAGAGCGUCAAGGAGAUGCAGCGGCACUGGAUUGGUCGCAGUCGUGGUUACUUCUUCGACUUUUGCAGGAGCAACCCACACACGACAGACACGUGUUUGCGUGUGUUCACGACGCGGCCAGAGACGGUGUUUGGUGUGGAGUUUAUUGCCGUGUCGCCAACGCACCCGCUGGCAGACCGCCUUGAUACACCGACGCGCCAGCACCUCAUGACAGCGGCGACGGAGGGCACGUACGCCGUGGAGAGGCUGCGUGGCAUUACGCUGACACAUCCGCUGACAGGUCGCUCGCUGCCUGUGCUGGCGGCAUCGUACGUGGCUGAUGGCUACGGCACGGGCGCGGUGAUGGGCGUGCCUGCCCACGACGAGCGCGACUUCAAGGUUGCUCGCAACGAAGGGCUGCCCAUCACACAUGUCAUCGAACCUGCGUUUACAGCAGAUGGCGCUGGUGAAAGCACGGGCAGUGGCGUCGACGCCGAUGAUCGUGGCGAUAUUGAUGGUGUCUUACGCUGCUACACGGGCAAGGACGGGACGUUGGUCAAUUCCGGCAAGUUCUCUGGCAUGAGCGUCGAGGAGGCGAUUCCAGCCAUCAUUGAGCUCGCUCGCAGCAACGAGUGCGGCGGACCCAUGACAUCCUACAGGCUGCGUGACUGGCUUGUGUCCCGGCAGCGGUAUUGGGGCACGCCAAUCCCGCUCAUCCACUGCCGCGCAUGCGGUGUUGUGCCCGUCCCCGAAUCAGAUCUCCCUGUUCUCCUUCCACAGGGUGUGGAGUACACGAGCAAAGGCCGUUCCCCGCUUGCCACCGAUCACCAGUUUGUCAAUGUCAUGUGCCCCUCGUGCAACGGUCCUGCCACCCGAGACACAGACACCAUGGACACUUUUGUCGACUCGGCGUGGUAUUUCCUCCGCUACUUGGACCCAGACAACGAGCAGCUACCAGUGGGCAAGGACGCUGCCGAGACAGAGAUGCCUGUUGAUCUGUACAUUGGCGGCAUUGAGCACGCUGUCCUCCACCUCCUCUACGCGCGCUUCGUCAACAUGGCGGCUGCAGACAUUGGGCUGACGACCCAGCGCGAGCCCUUUGCCAAGUUGCUGGCACAGGGUAUGGUGCACGGUGAGACGCACAAGUCUGCUGCCAACGGGAAAUACCUCAAGCCCGACGAGGUGGAGAGGCGCGCAGACGGCACUGUUGUCGAAGUUGCCACACAGCAGCCCGUCGACACAACAUGGGAGAAAAUGUCAAAGUCGAAAUACAACGGCGUUGAUCCAACACAGACCAUCGCCGAGCACGGCGUUGAUGCCGCCCGCCUCUUCGUCCUCUUCAAGGCAAGACACACGCGUGGAUAUGGGUACUUGCGCUGGCCUGGUGUUAGGAGGUACAUGAGACCAACGGUAGUAGAGAAUCCAAGAUACGACACGGCGGACGGUGUGACGGCUUACAUGGUACCCCGGAACGGCAAUCAGGUUGAUAUCGAUUACGACAGCACGUACUCGAGUGAUGAAUUACCUCGAAGACAAGGCAGAAUAGAGAGCGUGCUGCGGCAGCGGUGGCCUGCCGUGGAUGCGACGGCGUUCGCGGAGGAGGAAGUGGAGCUUGCGGUGCAGGUGCAGGGCAGGAAGAGGGGCGUCGUCACAGUUGCCAAGCGGCUUGUGGAGGACCACGACGCGCUCUUGUCCGUCGUGCUGCAGCAGCCAUUUGCACACAAGUGGAUCCAAGACAGAAAUAGCAUCAGGAAGGUGAUUGUGCCGCCAAAGGGUAACAUCGUAUCCAUUGUCCUCAACAAGGCAAAGAACAAGAAAUAAAUGCUAAGAUGAAACAA